ACGUUCCGGCUGGAAACAAGGAAAGGAGCGGGGCGGCCAUGGCGGCGGGGCUGCGGCGAGCCUGGCGGGCGGUGCUGCUGGAGCCCAGCUACACCCCGCUGGUGGCCGCUUGCCUCUGCCUGGCCGAGAGCGGUGUCAACUUCUGGGUCAUCCGAAGGGUUCCCUACACGGAGAUCGACUGGAAGGCCUACAUGCAGGAGGUGGAGGGCUUCGCCAACGGGACCCUGGACUACACCAAGCUGAAGGGGGAUACCGGGCCACUGGUCUACCCCGCUGGUUUUGUCUACAUCUUUUUGGGGCUGUACUAUGUCACGGGCCACGGGGCUGAUGUCCGCCUGGCACAGUACCUCUUUGCUGGUCUCUACCUCCUCAACCUUCUCCUCGUCUUCCGCAUCUACUGCCGGACCAACGAGGUCCCCCCGUAUGUUUUCUUCUUCAUGUGCUGCGCCUCGUACCGCAUCCACUCCAUCUUUGUCCUGCGGCUCUUUAAUGACCCCGUGGCCAUGGCCAUCCUUUUCCUCGCCAUUAACCUCUUCCUGGAGGAGCACUGGUCCUGGGGCUGCUUCUUCUUCAGCCUGGCUGUGUCUGUGAAGAUGAACAUCCUGCUAUUUGCUCCUGGACUUCUCUUCCUCCUCCUCCAACGGUUCGGUCUCCUGGGAUGCAUUCCCAAGCUCUGCAUCUGUGCCCUGCUCCAGGUGGUUCUGGGGCUGCCCUUCCUGCUGGUGAACCCCAUGGGGUACCUGACUCGUUCCUUUGACCUGGGUCGCCAGUUCCAGUUCAAAUGGACAGUGAACUGGCGCUUCCUCCCAGAAGAGGUUUUCCAGAAUCGGGCUUUCCAUGUCACACUGCUCCUGGCUCACCUGGCUGGCCUGGGGCUCUUUGCACUACAUCGGUGGCACAGUUCCAAAGAGAGCAUCCUGGUUCUGCUGAAGGAUCCAGGUGAAAGGAAACACACAUCCCCUCCCUUGACCGUCAACAAGAUCAUCUUCGUCCUCUUCUCCUCCAACUUCCUGGGUGUCUGCUGCAGUCGCUCCCUCCACUAUCAGUUCUAUGUCUGGUACUUCCACACACUGCCCUACCUGCUCUGGUGCACCCCUACCUCUAAGAUCACCCACAUGCCCAAGUAUGUGCUGCCAGGGAGGGGAACCCCCUCAUCUGCAGAGGGCUCAGGGAGCAAGGGAGGCUUGCUCCCUCUCCCUCCAUAUCUGCCACGGACUGAUCCUGCUCCAGCUCUGGUAUGGCACGGCCCCCUCAUUGGCACCACACCCCCCCCAGCCAAGCAGGAGGCCCACAGCCAUCUCCAAGAAGGCCCACUGAGAGUGUGACCUGCUGAAUGAUGGGAAUUGGCCUCUGGACUGCCCCUUCUCUUCUGCCUGCUCUUUCCCCACCUGAGUCCCAAGCUGCUCCAGCCAUCCCAGGAGGGUAGCAAGCCCUGGAACUGUGCAAAGGGGGGAGCGUGGGGACCCCCAGCGGGCAGGACUUCCCUAAUAAAGGGGGCUUUGUGUGCCCUUCCCUGA